UGACAGUCUCCUCGUUUUGCGUUUCCGUUUCACUUUUUCCAAUCCAAACUUAGUCUUCGUUUUUUAUCUUAUGUUUUAAUGCUUAUUCUUCUAGUUAUACGAUCUUUGGAGGAAAUAGGUUAUAAAUUCGUUGUAAUAAUUUACUUGGGUUACAGUUAUGUGACGAGGUUGACCAGUGUUGGUUAUGUAAAAUAAUGCUACUAAUUCAUUUUUAUUAUAAUAUAUAAAGUUGUAAAGGUGAUCCUGAAUAGUAACGAAGAUUGCAAUUGUAACAUCACCUUUUUCCUGUGAAUGAAAUAUAAAUGAAAUAACUUAACAAUGAGAAAAGUCAACGAGAAGGCGAUGAAAACUGUUAAUAGUUACGCAUCAAAUGAUUAUGUAGAUGCCUUUAGCUAUAUUAACGAAAGACCAGUAGAUGACAUAUCACUGGAAUUUUUCUAUAAACCCCAUACGAUAACUCUUUUGGCAGUUUCAAUUGCUACUGUUAUCUAUACUGCUUUUGUAAGGGAUGAAUCUACAAUACAAGACAACAUUUGGUCCGGCACUUGCUGUGUUGUAUUUUUCUUCCUUAUCAUAUCAGUUCUAACCUUUCCCAAUGGACCUUUUACAAGGCCACAUCCAGCUGUUUGGAGAAUUGUAUUUGGUGCUUCAGUACUUUAUCUUCUUGCACUUUUAUUUCUGCUGUUUCAAAGUCAUUCCACUGUAAAUGAAAUAAUGUAUUGGAUUGAUCCAAAUCUACGGAACUUCCAUAUUGAUAUGGAUAAGGAAUAUGCUGUGAAUUGCUCUGACAUUUCUGUAGCCAAAGUUUGGUCUCAUGUGGAUGUUUUUGCUUGGGGACACUUCUUAGGAUGGAUGUUUAAAGCAAUUUUAUUCAGACAUACUGGCCUACUUUGGGCUAUUUCCAUUAUGUGGGAAAUUACCGAAAUAGCAUUUGCACAUUUACUACCUAACUUUUUAGAGUGUUGGUGGGAUUCAAUAAUUUUAGAUGUCUUAAUUUGCAACGGUUUUGGUAUUUGGUGUGGUUUAAAAAUAUGCAAGGCUUUAGAAAUGAGAGAAUAUAAAUGGGUCAGUAUAAGGGACAUUUCAUCAACUACAGGUAAAAUUAAAAGAGCUAUUCUUCAAUUUACACCAGUUCACUGGACACCUGUUAGAUGGCUCGAUCCAAAUUGCACUUACAUGCGAUUCUUUGCUUUGAGCCAGUUGGUUGUAUUUUGGCAAAUAUCUGAACUCAAUACAUUUUUUUUGAAACACAUAUUUGAAAUGCCUCCAUCACAUCCUUUGGUGAUUGCACGGUUGUGUCUCAUUGGAGUGAUUGUAGCCCCAUCAGUCAGGCAAUAUUACACAUAUGUGACAGACUCGAGAUGCAAGAGAGUGGGCACACAAUGUUGGGUGUAUGGAGCUAUCAUGGUAACUGAAUCCAUGCUAUGCAUUAAAAAUGGCAAGGAACUAUUUGGUCAGGCUCAAGUUUGCAAUGUUAUUGUAUGGCUAGUUAUUCAAAUUCUCGUGUCAAUAGGCUGUGUAUAUGGAGUGGUGUUGUACCAUCGUUAUUUUGAGCCAACUAAAGACUUAGGUCAAGAGACUCCCAUAAAAGACAAACAGAAUUGAAAAGGUUGAGUAAAUCAUAAUUCAAGCAAACUGUCCCUGGCAUCGCAAGAAUUCAAUACACAUUUAUUUGAUUCUUCCUGUCAUACCAAAUAGAAUAGUAUAAUUAUGAAACAAUUUAUUCCAGAAUAUUGUGUAAAUCCCUUUUCCUUUUAAUUACAAUUUCUCAGUACCGGGAAAUUCCUUCUAAAUUAUUUCAUGAUAGUGUUUCAGAUGUGACAGAUGAGACUUGAUAUUAUUUAAAGUAGGUCAGUGUUGUGAUGUUUGUAGCUUAAUUAUUGACUGCUAAAUAUUAUUCAAUGUAUUCUAGAAACGCCAAAUAUAAUUUAUUAGAUUUA